AUGAGGCUAUCGCAACCAAUAUUGACACAAGGGCCCGAGGAGCUGCCAAACAAAUAUAUAUGUGAAAAUACGGCACUCCUUAGUUCACCUCACACGAAUAAUAACUCUGCCAUUGAUCGGGGAACAAGUCUUCCUAAUUCAUUUUCUAUUUUAGCAAAAAGUAUCUCCAGCCUUUCACAACUUUUUUCAUUGUACCAAAGUCAAAAAAUUCAUAGAAGAGACAUAUUAUAUUCGGUUUUUCAAAAUACUGGAGAUACCACUCCAAUAAGCCAAAAACCAAAAAUAUCCAAGUCCGAAAAAAAAGAUAGAACACACUUUGAUCAUAUAGUACUUGAAGCUAUAUAUGCAAUGAAUACAGACAAAGAAUUGACCCGACCAAAGUUAAUUGAUACCGGAUCAUCUGGAUCAUACUUUAUAUACGAUCGCCAUGGUCUGAAUAUUGGGGUUUUCAAGCCACGGGACGAGGAACCGUACGGGUCACUUUCACCUAAAAUGACAAAGUGGGUGCAUAGAAACCUUUUUCCAUGUCUUUUCGGCAGAUCUUGUUUAAUUCCAAAUAUAGGCUAUAUUGCAGAAAGUGCAACUUCUCUUCUUGAUAGACUUUUGGAGCUUAAUCUGGUUCCUUACACGGAUAUAGUAGAGUUUCAAUCAGAAAGUUUUUUCUCUCCUAUUUCAGAGAGAAUAAGGAAUGCUUUCUCUGGAAAUAUUUGCUGUCCACGAAAAAUAGGUUCAUUCCAGUUAUUCCUUCAAGGUUUCGUUGGAGCAGAUACAUUUUUUAAAAAAUAUCCAUUACCUGGAUAUCAAUGUUCAAAUAUCAUGAAAAUAUCAUCAGGCCAUAAAAUCUGGUCAGACGAACAUGUUUUUAAAAAAUUUAAGGUGCAGGUUGAAAAACUAAUUAUCUUAGACUUCAUAAUUAGGAAUACUGACAGGGGUCUUGACAACUGGAUGCUUAAGUUGGAGAGUAAUAAUAGCGAGGAGCCGGAAAUUAUUGCUAAAGCAAUAGAUAACGGACUUUCAUUCCCAUGGAAACAUCCAAACGAGUGGAGGUCAUUUCCGUAUGGUUGGCUUUAUCUUCCAUUACAAUUUCUUGGCAUGCCAUUUUCGGAAGAAACAAGGAACCAUUUUUUACAAUUUCUUACAUCUGUUACCUGGUGGAAAAACGCCAUAGAUUCCUUGCAUGAAAUAUUUGCGAGAGAUCCCGAUUUCACAGAGAGCCUGUUUGAAAAGCAGAUGCAGGUUCUUAAAGGGCAGGCAUGGAAUGUAGUUCAAACGUUAAAAAAUAGUCAAGAAGGGCCACUAGACCUUGUACGUAAGCCCCAAAUAAUUGUGAUAGACGAAAAAAUAACUGUACCAAAUAGUUGCUACACAAACAUUAUAUCCUGCCAAGGGAUGGAUAAUGAAGAGAGAGCAUGCUCUUUCUCUGAAUAUUUCAAUGAAAACCAAUGCCCUAUUCAAAGUUCGAAUAGCGCUCCAAUUUCACCCAACAUGAAAAUUACUGAUGAUAAUACAGCGUUGGAUCGUCUUCAAAGUGACUGGGUUCAAUUUCUAAAUGGUGGUACUAAUGAUAUGAAUUACGAGCACUUAAGUGCAGAAUUAUCAAAACAUAUAACUGCAAGAAAUCCAUAUGUAAUCUCGAAAGCGAAAUUUGCGCAUAGUACGGGAAACUUAAUCGGCCGAUUACCGGAUGAGCUGCGGGAGACCACAUUCGUAAAAAAGCAGACGUUCAUAAUGGAAAGGAUUCAAGCAAUAGAUAGCUCAGCGUUUUUCACCUGUUGUUGA